CCCCCGUCCAAACGAUGGCUUCUACACCUACGAGGCCUUCAUAACUGCCGCUAGAUCUUUUCCAGGCUUUGGUACUACUGGCACUCUUGAAACUCGAAAAAGAGAGCUCGCAGCCUUCUUUGGCAUAACUUCUUCCCAAACCACUGGUACAAUUAUAUUUGUAUGUCGUUUUUGGGUCCCAAUCCCUCGUUGGCGCUCAAUAAAGCCACUGAGAGUGAGAAAGAGGAGAGAAAGAGUUGCUUGGGAGAUUUUGGGGUCGUCUUCUUGGUUGCUUCAUUUACAGGGACACCCUCUACCUUCUCAAUUAGCCUCAACUUUAAUUAACCCCAACACUUUUCAGAAAAACCCUAGCUUUUUUUCCGAUCAUUCGCAUCAACCUAUAAUUAAUUACAUUACACAGAUUAUAUAUAUAUACAGUACAAUAUUAUUCAUGUCCACCCAUUUCGGUACUCCGGCGUUGAAUCUAAAUUUUCCAUUAAUCUAAACCCAUUGAUCAUUGGGUUGGAUUGGAUUGAUUGGUGAGUGAGGCAAAGAUGUCAACUGGGCAAGUGAUUAAACGAGCUAAAUACAAGACCUCAGUCAAGGACCCCGGCACUCCUGGUCUUCUCAAAAUGAAUGAACGAAAGUUUUCAUUCAUCCCCCAUGAUCCCACUUCUUCUGUAAAGCUGAAUGUGGAUUUUGUACACAUUAAAGGUCAUAAACACACUAAGGAGGGCUCAAAUAAACCACCUUGGCUUAAUCUCCCCCAUGAUCAGGGUGGGAGCUACAUAUUUGAGUUUGAAAGCUUUGCUGAUCUUCAUGUAUGCCGAGAAUUUGUGGGCAAUUGCCUUGCAAAGGCUGGAGAAGCUGCAAAACCUGUUUCUGCUCCAAAAGUUACUUCCGAGAAAGUUACAUUUUCUGAUGAACAACUCAGCACAGCAGAUUUGGAGCUUCGGAUGAAGCUAUUGCGAGAAGAUAGUGAGUUGCAGAAGCUUCAUAAGCAAUUUGUGAUUGGUGGUAUCUUGACAGAAUCUGAGUUCUGGGCAACGAGAAAGAAAUUGCUUGAUGGUGAUAGCAACAGAAAAUUAAAACAACGGAUUGGUUUUAAAAGUACGAUGAUAUUAGACACCAAACCUAUGGCUGAUGGUCGGACAAACAAGGUUACAUUUAAUUUGACACCAGAGAUCAAAUAUCAGAUUUUUGUUCUGAAACCAGCUGUUCACCGGGCAUUCCUUAAUCUCGUUCCCAAUAAGAUGAGUGAAAAGGACUUCUUUACUAAAUACUUUAAAGCUGAGUACCUCAUUAGUACAAAGAAUGCUGUUGCCGCAGCAGCAGAGGCUGCGGAAGAUGAUGAACUGGCCAUUUUUUUGAAGGAAGAUGACAUAUUGGCACAAGAAGCUCGCCGGAAGAUCAGAAGAGUUGAUCCAACUUUGGACAUGGAAGCAGAUCUAGGGGACGACUAUAGCCAUCUUCCAGACCAUGGAAUCUUUCGUGAUGGUACCAAAGAAAUAAGCGAACCACAAAGUGAGCAUUACAAAAGGACUUUGUCUCAAGAUCUUAACCGUCAGGGUGCUGUGGUUCUUGAAGGAAGGACUGUAGAUAUGGACUUGGAUGAUCCACGAUCGGUUGCUGAAGCCUUAGUGCGAUCAAGGCGAGAGUCUGAUGAGGAUGCGACAGAGGAGAGACUUGAUAGGAUUUCUCGUAUGACUGAAAUAGAAGAUCUUCAAGCACCUCAUGAUCAUCCUUUUGCUCCUCUCUGUAUCAAGGAUCCUCGAGACUAUUUUGAUGCACAGCAAGCUAAUGCACUCAAAACUUUGGACGAUAUACGAAAUAAAUCAGAACAAACGAAAUGCAACCUCAGCAUCGGCGAGGCUUAUCGCUCAUUGAGGAAUUCCAUAUCUGAAAUCAAGACUGUGGGGUUGAGUAAUCCCAUUGUUAAACCUGAAGUUGCUCUAAUGGUUUUUAAUGGAUUGACCCAAAAUAUCUCAAGCUCCAGGUAUCAACUGGGGAAGAAUCCUCAGGAGAGUAUUCUGGACAGCUUACCGAGCACAACAAAGGAUGAACUUCUACAUCAUUGGAUGUCUAUUCAAGAGUUACUAAGACAUUUCUGGUCUUCAUAUCCAAUUACAACAACGUCUCUUCAUACAAAGGUAAGUAGAUUGAAGGAUGCCAUGUCAGCUAUAUACCGGCAGCUAGAGGAAAUAAAGGAGUCAGUGCCAUCAGACUUUCGGCAUCAGGUUUCGCUCCUAGUUCGGCCAAUGCACCAGGCUCUGGAUGCUGCAUUUCAACAUUACGAUGCAGACCAACAGAAGAGAUCAUCAUCAUCAGCUAGGACUGGAGAUGGACCAAAUGGAUAUUAGUGUAGUUUGGUCUGCUAUAAUGAUAUAUAUGGUUCAUAAUAUGAAUACUAUUAAUUGCAGAUAUCAAAAUCAAUUUUGCUUUGAGUUAAUGUUACAAUGGGUUUUUUUUUUUUUUUUGCACCUCAAUCCCAUUGUUGUAAAAUUGUGUUCUUUCCUUGAAGUGAAAGAAAAAGAUUAGUACCCAAUUACAUUUGAUGUAGACAUUUGAGUCAAUCUUAAUUAAUAAUACUUUUUGAGUGCCUUUCCAUUA